CGAUAAAGGCAGAGGCAGAUGACUACAGGGACUUGGUGUGGAGAGGGAUGAGGCGGCGUGACUUCUCCCUCUACAAGGAGUAUGCCACCGAUAGAUGUCCUGAUUUCAAGGACCAUCCCUGGUCGGAGAAGAAUGAAGCCGUGGCCGAAGAAGUGAAGGAGAUAAGGGACAUGGUAAAGGGAUUGACAAGACAUGUUACAGAAAUUGUAACCACCACAGGAGCCACGGCAUACCGGGACAAGCCCGGAGGGCCCUAUUCACUUCGCUGGGAUCGGAUGAACACUGAUUCCUGGAGGAGUGUCGAGGAUAGAAAUCCUCGAACACUGACUGAUUAUCGUACAAGGGAAAGGGAGAGAGACGAUGAGCCAUGGCGACGUAGGGAUGAUGAGAUAGACCGGGACCGUAGGACUCGCGAGAUGUAUGGGUGUGCUAGAAGACUGGAUGACUACUCGCGUAGCGCUCGUUAUGAGCGUGACGGGGGUAGAAGUGACUCUCGAGGCCGGUGGGAGUCGGAUCAGGGCCGACGAGAUGGAUGCAGGGAUGGUAGAUAUGAGAGAUCGGACCGUGAUGGGCAUAGAGACGACAUAUAUGAGAGAUCGGAUCGAGACGGAUACAAGGGUGGCAGAUAUAAGAGACGAGAUCGGGUCGAUGAUUCACGCGGGCGGUACGACCGAGGAGACCAACGUGAUGAUUCACGCAGGCGAUACGACCGAGGAGACCGACGUGAUGAUUCAUGCGGCCGAUACGACCGAGGAGACCGACGCGAUGAUUCACGCGGGCGAUACGAAUACGGAGACCGUCGCAAUGAUUCGCGCGGCAGGAAUGAGAGAGGGGGAUAUGGCGCUUCGGCUAACCCGUAUCCGAAGUCCCCUGACCCAAGAGCCGUGAGAGGUUCGACCUCCAGAGGCGCAGACGACAGGCCACCCACACCCAGGAACUCUUGCGUUUACUGCAGGGGGGAUGAUCAUAUCAAGAGAGAUUGCCUAGAUCUCAAACGAGCAAUAGAUGAAAGCCUUGUCGUGCUUAAUGACCGCAAGUACGUCAAAUGGGCAGAUGAUCUGGGAGACGUAUCAAUGUUCCCCUCGAUGAAGGAGAAUAUCGAAGCAAGGAGAGUAAAGCCGAGUAAAGGAAAGGAGCCGGUUAGGAGCCAGAGCAUCAAGAUAACUUUCGAAGGAGAUAUGGCGACCACACCCAUAAGGGUGGCAGCUACCAAGUCCGCAAGAGGGUCUACAUCGAAGAAGACUGACACGGAUUACGUGAUGGCGGAGAAGGACGGCGGACAGCGGAUCGAUGGAGAAGAGGUUAUUCUUUCGCCGCAAAAGCGGGGAGUAAAGAAGUUCUUGAUGAAGAGUUCGCUGGAUGAGAUUGACACGGUCGAGCCACAGAGACGGACCCUUCGGCAGCCCAUGCAGUGCUCUAUUCUGGAGUACCUGGCGGCAUCGAAGCCGGCUCGCGAUGAGUUGCAGAUGAUCACGCGGAAGACUCGCAUACCUCUAUCAGAGGAGGCUCAAGGGGCCCCUAAGGCGGAAGCUCCUACCGUAGCAGUAACGGGGGUGACUGCCAGAGCGGAUCGCAUGGCGACAGUCCGUCUUGAUGGGAUGGAAGGUGUGCCUCCAGACAAGUUUUACAUACUCGGUAGUGGGGCCGUGGAGACGAUCAUAAACGAUGGAGCGGUACUAGAUGCUGUGAUCGAUAACGGCAGUGAGGCUGUCAUUAUAGACGAGGAUCUGGCAGUACAGGUCGGACUGAGCCUCGAUAGGUCACGCCUAUUCAAGAUAGAGACUGCUGAUGAGAGAAAGCAACAGAUCACUGGGGUUUGUCACAACGCAGUCAUAGAGGUCCAAGGGGUACGAGUGACCGUGUCCGUCUUUGCAGUCAAGAACUGCAGCUCAGAUCUGCUCUUGGGACGAACGUGGUUGAGCCACGUGCAUGCGGUGACGAUAGAGUCUACCAGAUGGGAGCCAGACAUUGUCCAUUAAGAAGCUAGAUGGGACGCGGGUCAUGAUUGAAACGGUGGAGCCUCGGGACCCGAGGAACAAAGCAGCUCUCGCAGU